AUGUCAUCAGAUAAACAACAGUUGAUAGGUGUAGUUGACCAGGGCACUAGCAGCUCACGCUUUAUCGUAUUUUCGGCGACAACCGGUGACAUUGUCUCUCGGCAUCAAAUUGAAAUUGAUCGAGAGCAUCCGCAUUCUGGAUGGGUACAACAAUCUGCAGCGGACAUAUACAGCGCUACUCUUCGUUGCAUGAACGAGGAGAUUGCCGCCAUUGGUAUUACUAAUCAACGCGAGACCUCGAUUGCCUGGGAUUCAAAGACUGGUGAACCAUUAUGCCCUGCGAUCGUGUGGUCCGAUUCCAGAACAUCAGAUUUAGUACAGAAAUUUAUCUCGAAGACACCAACCAAAGAAAAAAAUGCUUUCCAGCGUCUCAGUGUGGGUACAGUGGACAGCUGGGUUGCCUAUAAGUUGACCGGUGGCGCGUCGGGUGGUCAGCAUCUGACAGAUGUUACGAAUGCCAGCCGUACCCUGCUGUUUAACAUUAAUACUCUCGAGUGGGACCCAGAACUUUGCAAGUUCUUCAAAAUUAGUAGGAAAAUCUUACCAAAGGUCAUCAGUUCUGCCGAGACUUAUGGCACCGUCAAGGACCCUGAAUGCAGUUUGAAGGGUGUUACCCUGGGUGGUAUCCUAGGUGACCAACAGGCUGCUCUUGUCGGACAGACCUGGGACCCUAACCCCGAUCCCAGCUGCCCAAGACCUCACGUGAAAGUAACUUACGGUACUGGCGCCUUCUUGCUUUGGGAUAUUGGAACGACGCCAAGCUUCUCAUCCCAGGGAAUUCUCACCACAAUUGCCUACAAGAUGGGCAAAGAUGCUACGCCCCACUACGCUCUCGAGGUGAGGCCUGUUCUACCUUUUCUUCCGGCAUGCUCUGCUAACGAAUAA